AAAAAAAUUAAAAAAACAAAAAUUUAAUUUUAAUUUGCACUAAUAGCAUAAAAAUGAAUAUCUUAAUACAAGCACUUCUAUUAAUUGCAGUUUUAUUACUGUUGAUGAUUUUAUUCUUUGUGAACAAAUAUUAUAUCAAAACGAGGUCUUUAAUGAGAUAUUAUGAAAAUUAGGGCAUAAAUAACUCAUAUUACUUUCCAUUAGUAGGAAAAUAUAAAAGAAUGCUUGAUUCAAUUAAGGAGCAUGGUGACUGCAUGCAUUAUUACAAAUAGCUUUUAACUAAUUAACCUGACUGUAAGUAUACAGUUACAAAUUUAGCUCACAAUGUUUGCAUUUACUUUUAUGAUCUAGAAUUAUUGAAUUAGCUUUAUAAGUGUAGUGAUCUUGUAAAGCAUUAGUUUGGAGUUGAAAUAUUCAAAUAAGUAAUGGCAGGACUUGUGUUUAAUGAAGGAGAAGAACAUUCAAGGAAGAGGAAAAUUUUAUCAUAGGCUUUCCAUUAUCAAUUAUUACAGAACAUGAUUCCUUAAUUAUCAUAAAUAUAUGAAGAGUUUUUUGAAAAGAUUAGAAAUAAAAGGGUUAGCGACUGCAUUAUGAUGGGUCAAGAAAUUGUUGCUGAAUCGAUUGUUAGACUCUUCUUUAGUAAUAGCUUCUAAGGCCUAAAGUUUAAAGGUAAGACGAUGACAGAGGCUGUUAGUGGAAUUAUAGAAAGAGUAGGUUCUAUGGCCAAAUCUGCUAGCUACGCUUUGUUUGGAAAAAUUUGCUUUUCUUUUGGAUAAAUGGCAAGUGUGAAAAAAGAUUUGAAAUAAAUAAAAGAAAUUUAUAAAGAAAUAAUUACAAAUAGGAUUAAUUCUACUAAUUUAGAAGAAUUGCAACAUAAAAAAUAAAAAGAUUUAAUUGAUUACUUAAUUGAAAGUAAAGGAAUAUCAAAAAUUGAAUCUGAAGAAUCUAUUACUAUUGACUAAAUUAUUGAAGAAUUCGUUACCUUUUAAGUUGCUGGUCUAGAUUCUUCAGGACAUACUUUAGGAAUGGUUUUGUACUAUCUAUGUAUUUUCCCAGAAUGUAAGUAGAAAUUGGUUGAAGAAAUAGAACAAACAAUUAAAACUCCAGACGAUUUGAAUACAGAGAGUAUCAAAAAAAUGAAAUACUUAGGUGCAUUUGUUAACGAAGUAUUAAGAUAUUAUUCAGUAGCAGAUUAAAUAUUCCCCAGAACUUGCAAUAAAGAUAUCUAAAUAGGAGACUUGAUAAUCAAAAAAGGAACUUAAGUAAAUGUAGGUAUAAUCGAAAACCAUUACAAUCCAAAAUACUUUAAAGAUCCUCAUUAAUUUAAUCCUAUGAGAUGGUUGGAUGGUUCCUUAGAUAAACUAAAUUCAUAUGCAUUUAAUCCAUUCUCAUCAGGCAAGCAUAACUGCAUUGGCUAACAUUUUGCUUAGCUUGAAAUAAAAGUUGGAAUUAUAAAAUUCUUAUAAGAAUUUGAUUUGGAAUUAGACCAAGACUAUAAAUUUAUUUUAAAGUUUUCCUUUUUAACUGAGCCAUUAAAUCCUAUACCUAUAACAUUUAAAUCUAAAAAAUAAUGAAAAAUAAAUCCUAUGAUAAAACAAAUAAUAAUUAAUUUUUAAUUUUUUAUAUUAAAUUCAAUGUUAAUAUGCAUUUUUGAGCUAUUCAUUAAUUAAUUAAAAUUGUUUAAAAUGUAUCAAAUUUAUCUUUAUAUUUUAGAUCCAUUAGUUAAAUAAUUCAUUUUUUUUACUAAAAUUGGU